UCUCAUUGACAUUUCUAUUGGCCCAUCGUUUGUGUGAAAUUUUCGCUCGACAUUUGUCGUUCUUUUGCACACAUUCGAAAGCAGUGCAUUUUCAUCGGAUCACUACGUGGAAAUUGUGAGUGAAAAGUGUGCUGAAGUUAAUGGAUUGAAUUUUCGUGUAGCAACAAUUAAUUUAACAACGAAGCCAAUGCAUUUGCAAUAGUGAAAUUAAAGCAACCGGCUAAAUAAUAAAAGUAAGAAAAGCCAAUUUUACCAAAAAAUUAAACGUCAAUUUGGUCAAAAUCGGUGGAAAAGUUUAUUAUAUUUAUAGAAGUGUGUGUACAUGUAUCAGCGAAAAAAAUAAGUGUUUUUGCUUGAAGCGAAACUUGUACAAAAGCGUAAAAGUCAAACACGUGAAUAUAUCGCACAAGUAAAAGUAGUGCACAUUAAAAAAUAGGUGUAAAAGUUUGAAAUCAUACUAAAACGACAGGAGAAAGAAGAAUUGUUAUUUAUUUUACAUAUAUAUCUAGCUUAUAACAAUAUACGAGGUAUUUUAGGACAUUUGAAGUAAAUUCUAAUGAAAAAUUUUAUACUUAUAUAAAAAAUUACGUGAAUUUUAUAACAAUCGCACGCAUAACCAACGCAAAUACAGAAACUGACCUCCACAGCAACGAGAAAAUUUCGGGCGCAUUAACAUGUCAUCAAUCACAUACAAGGAGCGUGUACUCAGCGCUCAACAGCUGAAAAAGUUGUCGGAACACAAAUACUCCUGCACAAGCAGCAGUUUGCUGGAUCCAUGGCUACAGCCUUGGUGGAAUUGGCUUGUCUCAAUGACGCCUUUAUGGUUGGCGCCCAAUCUCAUUACAAUCAUUGGACUGAUUGUCAACAUAGUGACAACAUUAAUAUUAGUAUCCUACAGUCCCAAUGGCAAGUCGGCGCCACCCGGCUGGGCUAGCCUGCUGUGCGCAUUCGGACUUUUUGUUUAUCAAAGUUUGGAUUCGAUCGACGGCAAGCAGGCGCGACGCACAAAUACCCAAUCACCAUUGGGUGAGCUCUUUGAUCAUGGUUGCGAUUCCAUAUCGACCGUUUUCGUCGCGCUCUCGGCGUGUAUAUCUUGCCAAUUGGGACAAUAUCCAAAUUGGUUGUUCUUUCAGUGUUUCUGUGCCAUCGGCCUGUUUUAUUGCGCCCACUGGCAGACAUACGUUUCAGGCACGCUGCGUUUCGGCAAAAUCGAUGUGACCGAAGCACAAUUCACCAUCAUGGCUAUACAUAUUAUAUCGGCCGUGUUCGGCUCGGACGUGUGGCAAGCGCGGUUACCCUUGCUUGGCUGCGAAGCGCGUGUUUUAUCACUUUAUCUUAUAUUCGGCAUUUACAUUUUAUUUGUUUGUCGUUAUGCGCGUGUGAUUAUGACGGAAGGAUGCGGCAAAAAUGGAUCAUCCGUUGCUGGUACCAGCGUGCUUUCGCCCAGCAUACCGUUAACAAUGGUCAUACUACCCGCACUGAUAAUUGCUCAAAAAUCGCCACAAAAUAUUUUCACCGAACAUGCAUCGUUGUAUAUCUUGGCUUUUGGCAUGGUGGCCGCCAAGGUGACCAACAAGCUGGUGAUUGCGCACAUGACAAAGGCUGAGAUGGAGUAUUUGGAUUGGUCACAAUUGGGACCAGCUUUACUCUUCUUCAAUCAAUACUUCAAUUGUGUGGUGCCGGAAAUUUGGCUGUUGUGGUUCUCAUUGUUCUGGGGCACGCAGGAUCUCAUACGCUACUGCUCCAAAGUAUGUUUGGAGAUUUGCAAUCACCUACAUAUUAAUCUCUUCACCAUCCCAUAUGCUGGCAAAAAUGCCCCACAAACCGUCAGCCAAGGCACAAGUGCACCCACCACCAGCAUGAGUAUGAGCGCCACAGCGGCGGCUGGUGCGAGUGCGGCGGUGGCGCAUGACAAGAACGGCGGCACACAGCAUCGAAAGACGACGCGGCAGGCUAGCAAAAAGCAGCAACAACAACACUAGAAUUUUAUUUUAAAUUGUAUAAUUAAAUAGAAAAUCAACAAGAACAGGAAAAUACCCAACAACAAUGUAAAUCUCUAUGAAAUUGUUCCGUGUCAAUAUAUACAAAACAUACAAAGAAAAAAAACUUGAAACCAGGAGAAUACAAAUGUGGAGAAGACAAAAUUAUACUAGCGUAAACAAACCAGGCAAUUAAACUGAUGACUAGCGUAAAUUAAAAUACUGUAAUAAAAGAAAUUGCUAAGCAUAAGUAAAGCUAUAAGUUUUUAUGAAAAUA